UUUACCUUAUUGAAUUUAUAGCGAAGCCCUACUGAAUCGUGGCAGAGCACCUCAUCCUCCGAGCUGACUGUUGCAAAGAUCGAAGUUGAAGUUGGGACAUAAUAGCUGCCGGAACAUUUGCACAAGUGUUUCACUUUGGCCAUCAGGAAACCAAGUAACUCUGAGCUCUACCUUUAACUUAAAUGAUUUGAUUUAUUUUAGAAAAAAGUCUAGUUAGGGAAGUUAGAUGUUCAAUAGAAAGGGAGGUAGUAGAGGAUAGAAAUUGCAGGUGAUUCUGAUUACUAUUCAUCACAUACUCCUUGUAGUGAAAAUUGUGAUACCCAAGAUGUCUUUUGAAGAAACGUUCAGUGUUGGAGGGGAAGAGGAGGUAAAGAGCUUGAGUUUGAGUUCAAGUUCGAGCUCUAGUGGGGGAACCGGGAAAGGUGCUAUGACAAACGGGAAGAGGUGGUGGGGGAGGAGAGAUGGAAAAGUGGAGGAGUUCAGUAGGUGGAAGGGGAAGAAAAAGAACCCUAAUCAGCACUGGUUGGGGGAGGUGGAGAAGGACGAGGUGGAGAGAAGCUCGUUGAGCGGAGAGGAAAUGACUCAUUUGAGAGCUGGAGGUAAAGCUAUAAGACUUCUGGAGAAGAGGUCAAAGACAUCAGCUCUGGCUGCCGUAGAGGAACGAGUUAGAGGUGGAACUUCAAGACCUCACCACAACGGUGGAGCUCGAGUUAAAAUUGAACUAUCGUUGUGGGAGAUAGAAGUUGUGGUGCCUGGGAAGGGGAAAAGCUCUGUUCCCUACCUCAGGCAAGUCUCCAGCUUCUACGAGUCUAGGAGGACAGCUACAAAACGUUUCAUCAGCUUCCACUUCCUCGAGGUGGAUUUGCAGAGGGCUAGGGAUGAGGUGGCUACCAAUGGGGGAUUAGCGGUAGUUCGGCAAGCCCUGAAGACUGCAAACUUAGCAAGUGCAAUGGCAGUUGAGUUCUUCGAUUGCCUACAAGAGAGAAUUGCCUUGGUUGGGAAGAACGAAGAGCUUAGCCAUCAAAAAGAGGCGGCUGAGAAGAACUUCAAUGAACUGACCUUAGAGCUGGAGAAGGUCAGAGAGGAGUUGUUCCAAGAGGGUUGCCAAACUGGAAGAGCAGAAGAGGAAGAAGUGCGAGAGGCACUUGCGAAGAGGGAUAACGAGCUGGCCGAGGUGGUGGACCUUUACCGUUUGCCAACUUUGGUGAUGGCCUUCAUCGACUGUCGUAAGAAGGUGAAAACCCAAAAUCUGGAGGUGGACGUGACCAACAUCACGUUUGGCCCCGAGGAGACAGGGGUAGAGGAGAAUGGAGAUAGCAAGACGGCAGAGUUUCGUCCUGCGGUAAAAUUAGCUUGGGAACGGGAUGAGGCCGGGAAAACUAUCCUCCCUCCUACCUUGGAGUUCGAGUUCAUCCCAUCGACGAGAAGGAGGCCGAGGUUCCACCAAAAACCAAGGUGGCAGAUAAGGAAUUCUUUUACCCCUAGCGUCUACAAGUAUAUAAGCACUAGGGUGAGGUAUUUCGGCUAUUACAUAUGGGCCUUCCUAGUUUUGCACCAAGUUGUUGAAACGUGUUUUGAAGUCGAUGAGUCUUACCUUUCUAAGGACGAGUGGACUUUGUUUAAGAAAUCGAGGUUUUCUCUGAGUAAUUGGUCAUUUCGUGUUGCGUCGAAAUGGCUCACUGUCACGCCCCAAAACCCGAAUUCGAGGCGCGACAGACGCCGUGCACUCGUGAGAGGGUCCCACAAAUGCACAAGGCUCGGAACUUAUCCACUUCACAUCUGACGAUCCAAUCACUUAAAUCAGAUAUUUCAAUAAUUCUAUGUCCAACAUGACUUAAACUUAAAAUCUCAAGGUAAAAUCUAUCUUACAAAACAUGAUUUAUUUUUAAAAUCUAUAUCAAUCCCGAAAUGGCUAGCCUUCUAACUCGUCACUUCCCGUGAUUUCCCCGUCCCCGAUUUCACUUCCUGAAAUGGUGGACAAGGAAAACUAUGAGAUAACUCAGUAAAUAUGGAUAGCCCCU